AUGUCUUCGCUCGCUCCUCCCCAGCCUACUAGCCCCCUGCGUGUUCGCGCACCCCAACAGCAUGGGAGGCCCGAGAAACUCCCUUGGUCGUUCGUUACCUUCUUGAAGUGGCCCGCUCGCGUCUUCAGUCCCCCCAAGGUGUCGGAGGUCAAGGGGUGGUCCAUCAUCCCCACGCUCACCGUAACGCUCGAAGACAUGCUCAAACAAAAGCACCUUCCUCCCAUUAGUCUGAAAGACUUUGAGGAGUAUCUCUUGUUUGAGGAAUUUGGCGCUGAGAACCUAUACUUCCUUCUUUGGCUUCAGGAGUAUAGUGCCAAACACCGCGCCUGGUUUUCGCGCAACGCAGUGUCAGACCCAAAGCUUGCGAUGUCCUUCACUCGUGCCAAGGCGACGUUCUUUUCCCGACAGUCUUCCCACGAGCUCAAUUUGGCUGCCGUCCAGAUCAAUAACUUCUUCGCUAAUACAAAUGGUCAGCCUCAUCCUGUGCCUGCUGCAUUUGACCCCAUCAAGGCGGAUGUGGAGACUAGUCUACGCGAAAGCUUGAAGAAGUUUUUACGAACUCGCAUUUGCAAUGCUGAUUCCAAGCGUGCAACUUGUGUCUGGAUUAGUGGUGUCGUUACUAUUCUCACCGCUGUUUCGCUUAUUCUUCUAAGUGUGUUCUCUGGUGAACGCCGCCGCAAGCGAAUUCCCAACCUCAGCUUCUUAUGGCUUGGGAUGACUAUAUUUUUAUGCUCAUGGAAUGGUCUUUGCCUUGUAAUUUAUCUCUGCGGAGGCGGUCGCCAACUCCGUCCUUUCGAGCUGGCUCGUCCAAGCAUCUCAGCCCCUUUGCAAGUCCAAAAUGGCGAACGGCGUAUUUCUAUAAAGCUUGAGGCCAAUCCUUAUGCAGCAUCGGCUCACUCGCUCGCUGAAAGUGAAGUCAAAGAUGAUUACACUGUUGAGGGUAAAGACUCCAUCCCCAUGUCGCCAACCAAGCCCUCUCCCGCAACCUUGUCUCCUCGUGAUUCUCGCCGCCCUGCUCCCUUGAAUCUUAGUGCUGUUAAAAAAGAUGACAGUAUGCCGCGCGAGCCUGCCUCUCCUCAAAAGGUUUACAUCUACGAUGCCAACACCGAGGCCUUUGAAGCUCGUGAGAUCGGUGGCCACUAUAUGUCCGAUCUCGAAAAUGGCUAUCCGUCUUCUCCCACCUCCACUCUGUUUGAAACUGCGCCUUUCAUCCCAGUUUGGGACGGAUACAACAAGCAUAACUCGGCGGCAUCGUUCAUUACUGCGGCCGAUUCGGCUACUCUGGCUGAAACUCUUCAUAGUCCCCGUGCUGAUACAGCAUCGACUUUCAGCUUUGAUUUUGACGCUCUUCCUGGCAAGCACUCCCAAACCCGCGUGGAUGCCAAGCGCAGCAAGAUGCGUGAGAUUUUCUCUCCUCUCACUAGAAUCCACUCCCCUGUGGUUUCGCGCGCCCAGUGGCACAUCGUCAUGCGCAGUGCGUCGUGGGCUAUGCUUUUUGCGUUAGCUGUUACUGGUGCUGCCCUUGCGAUCCCUGUUCAAGGCGGGAAGUAUGGUGUAAUGUUCUAA